AUGCUGCGGACGGUCGCACAGCUGUCCCGAAGGCUCUCGACGCGCGCAUUUGCGUACAGGCAGCAGUCCAUCUUUGCCCCGAAUUUGACUUCUCAUGAAAGAGAGCCGUUUAGUCCGUUUGAAGUCCAGUCCGGCUGUCUCCAACCUGGUUUGCCGGUCAUGGAAUUCCAGAAACGUCGGGAAAAACUUUUCGCUGUGAUACCGGACAACUCGGCGCUCAUUACGAACGCGGCCAACGUCAAGUACAUGACCCACGACAUUCCUUAUGAAUUCCAUCAGAAUAGCAACUUUAUGUACCUUACAGGGCUCGAGGAACCCGAUGCCCAUGCAGUGCUGGUCAAAAACCAGGGCAAGUGCUCAUUCGUGCUUUUUGUACGCCCUCGGGAUCCACGCAGUGAGCAAUGGGACGGUGCUCGCAUUGGUCUGGACGGGGCGAAGGAUCGGUAUUUGGCGGACGAAGCUUUUCAGUUGACGGAUCUUGCACCAGGCAUGCAAAAGUUAUUGUCUGGGGUGGAGAAGGUCUUUGUGCUCAAGCCCGACGGAGGAAACUACUCAGCAAGCUUUAUCGAGGCUACGCGGGACUUUCACAGCAAGUUCCUCGCUGGUGACUUUUUGGUUGAACAGCUUCGUGUGGUGAAGUCAGAGAAUGAGCUUGAUCGUAUGCGAUUUGCAGCAGACAUAGGUGCCCAGGGAUUUAUUGACAUGAUGAGAUGUACCCGACCCGGCAUGUCCGAGCUUGCGCUCGGGUCGAUGUUUGAAGGGUCUAUCAAAAAGAAUGGUGCGCUUUGGAAUGCAUUUCCGAACGUCGUGGGCUCUGGAUCAAAUGCUGCUGCAAUCCACUAUCUAGAGAAGCGUGACCUGCUUCGCGAAAACGAGUUGGUGCUAGUUGACUCAGGGUGUGAAGUUGCUGGUGGCUAUGUGUGCGAUAUCACGCGCACGUGGGGGGUGGGUGGAAAAUUGCCAGCCGAACAUGUCACGAUGUACGAAUUUGUUCUGGAUGUCCAGAAGAAGUGCAUAGAUCAUUUGAAAAGAAUGAUUGAGGCCAAGGAGACGAUCAGCUUGAACGAUCUGCACAACUACUCUGUUGAUAUCAUGAUAAAGCAGAUGCUUGAGGUAGGAGUCAUGAAAAUCAGAGGCGGACCCCACUCGCGCGCUGCGAUGCGCGAGUUCCAGAAGUACAACCCGACACAUAUUGGUCACUAUCUGGGCAUGGAUACACACGACACCCCGCACGUCACGCGCGAUGCACCAUUAGUACCGGGUAUGGUGAUAACCGUCGAGCCAGGUAUUUAUUUGCCGAAAAACGACCUUGAUCUGCCUAAAGAGCUUCGUGGGAUUGGUAUUCGGAUCGAGGACGAUAUUGUGAUCACGGAGACUGGAAUUGAGAUCAUGACGUCUAAGGCGCCUAAAGAGCUGAACGAGAUGGACGCCUUGCGUUUGGGGUAA